AUGGAAAAAUUUUGGACUUCCUUUGCCGGCAUAAGAACAACUACUUCUCCUAAGGUGGAAUCAUUCGGUAAAAGACUUAUUCCAUUAAUAGCAAAUUUACUGGAGAGCUCCUCACGCUACUCCGCGUGGAAAGAGGUGAAGACUUUCCACCUAAAAAUUUCGAACCUGAGUAAUUUUCGGAUUAAGCCCAUAGUAUCAAAAUCUCUCAAGGGCCGGGGUGGGAGAUCUGGAAGUGAGCGGGAAGAUUCUGGCCACGUGGCGGUCUCCGACCGCGGUACAGUUGUGGAGUUGGCGGACACCGUGAAGGCCGGAAGUCACACCUGCAUAAGGAGCUCCUGGAGCUUGGGCGGAUAUGCGGCGCGAGGGGGAGAGAUAGAAAUAUCAAAAUCUUCAAGGAAUGAAAUAUGGAAAGAAAUAAAUAUGCAAAGAAACCGAUUGCCCACAAUAUGGAAUGAAUGUUUGCGCCGAUUGCCCACUGGACAAACUAGGAUGUCGCCUAUAGAAAGAAAAAGAGAACAUGUGGACUUCUUGACAGCAGCAGACUCUCUCUUCAAAUCCACGAACCGCAUACUUGCUCUCCAGUUCAUGUGCGUCGAGGGGCGAGGUCCCAUGCAGGAGCUUUACCUCCUUCCUCGCGUCCCCCAAAGUUGUAAUCAGCUCGUUUUCUCUUGUGGUCAAGCCAUAGCUCUCCAACAAGGCAAGUCUACAACUAUUUUGCAACCUUGUCGCAGCUAUGAUUGA